AUGCCCGGAGAUAAACAAUCGAAGUCCAAUACCUCCAAACCACUUACGCCCGCCCUCAGCUCGAAUUUCCGAAAUACUAAGAGCCCUUUGACUCCGAGGCUAGUUGGUUCAAGCCCGUCGUCGCCCGUCGUGACCUCCUGCCAGGAGCCUUUUGUACGCUCGAAAUCUCCAGGUAAAGUCGAUCAGGUGACAACACCACUCAAUGGAAAUAUCACACCCCGGUCGGGUGCACGAAAAUCAAGAAUUGGAACUGAGUCGCCAUCGACUCCGGCGUCGGUCAAAGGUGUCAACAAUGGUCCAGCGUCUUCAGGGAACGAGACGCCCAAGCCAAAUGGUGGCCACAUGCAAGGACUCGACAUAACCAGUCCGCGAUUUGCCGCUAGCACAGGUGCUCUGCCAAAAGUCGGAACUCCGGGUUCGACGCCCGCUGUCACAGUACAUAGGAGGAUUUCUGCUGCAAAGAGUAUGGUGGAAGACGACAGAGACAUUUCAUCCAAGUUCUUCCACGCAGACGAAGUCAAAUCGUCCAUCGGCUCUCCGGGAAUAGAAGAAGGCCCACGCCUUCCACCGGCUCGAGGCCAUUUGUUGGUCGGUUCACCACCGCUACUUCCUGCCAGUCCAGCGCCGCCAUCUCGAGAAGGAAUGAAUGGAAGAGAAGAAGAUCUCGAUGAAAAGUUCUUCAGGGCUAACGAUAUUCCUCAGUAUGCUCCUCCGAAGCGAUCACCUCUCCCCCAUAUACCAACAGAGAAACUCAACAAUACGAUCGCUGUAUCAAAUGGACCAAAUCAUGUUACGAGUCCUCCUUUAUCUCCCACCAAAGUGCCGAACCUAGCCUUCGCCCGAUCCUCUUCCCCUCGACAGAUUCUGCCAGUUCCUAUGCCAUCACUCUCAACACUUCCUCGAACGAGCGCGGAACGACCCAAGAGUUCGACAAGCAGUAUGGGCGCAUCUCAGCCUAAUGCUCGAGUGGGACACCGCAAGUCUAUCAGUGCGAGUUCGAUUACAACCACACCCCUUGGAAAAUCCAGCGGUCCAAUUAUGCCCACCCCUCAGCCAUUAGAUCUUCGCCUUGCUCCGGCAGGCUCUCCGCGCCUCCUGGGAAACCAUCUUCUGUCUCCUGACACACUAAGUCCAAGAUCUACAAGCCUGGCUUCGACGAACACAGUACCCACGUCCGUUACAAGUGAGACCGACUCUUCUUCUUCUGAAAUUGCGAAACCACAGAUCAUGCCAAUGAACCCCUCUGAUCUAUCACUCGAUCAAGCAACGUCCCCUAUCCAAUCUCAAACCGAUGAUGCAGCGAAUGCUCGCCGAGAGCGCAAAGUUCUCGACUUGGAGAUCUCCAACUCGUCCCUAUUAGCCAUCAACAAAACUCUUGAGCGCGAACUCCGGAAGCAGAGCACUGAAUUAAGAAGAUAUCGUCGUCUAUCAAGGUCGGGAAGGCUGUCGCUUGCAUCAACUACAAGGACAGCCUCUGGGCAAUCCGCUUACAGCCUCGACACUGUUACAGAACAGGAAAUCGAGGAUGGACCACUGUCUGAUCUUGACGAAGACAGUGAGUUAGAUGACAUAGACGACGAGGGUGAUUCGCUUGUUUCCAACGACUCGGGCUCCUUGACAAGUCCCUCAGCUCGAUCACGCCAGCGUGAAAGAGACGAGAAGCGACUGAGAAUGGACCUCUCCAAACACAAACAACUCAUUGUCGAUUCGCAAAAACUCACACAGACUAUUAUGCGGUGUAUGACCUGUUGUGAAGAACUGAUUCGUGAGGGGACGAAAGCGUUGGAUUAUAGAGUCGGAAUCGGCGACGUGAAGUUAGGAGGUCGCGUUCUAAAUGACGACGAGCUUGACGAACGAGGGUUCGUUAACGGAACCGGGGAGCCGGAGGCUGGACAGGGACUGCUAAGUCCUAGCCUGGCCAAAUCCAAGUUGGACGAAGCCCAGAUUUGGGGCGGUCCUCAACCAUGGGCUGAAAGAGAAGCCAACGCGGUCGCUUUGCCGGCCGGAAUCACAAACCUCUUAGGCGAGGUUGCCGGAAUUUCGAAGGCAGAAUAA